CUCACAUUCUCAUCCCCUGUGCAUUUCAUUGAGCCCUCACACACAGAGAGGAGAGAGAGAGGAAAAGAAAAGAAAAGAGGGGUCAGCGCUUUUUCAAGGGGUUUCAGCCAUGGCUUCGAGAGUUGUUCAGCAGCAGAACAGAGGAGAGGUAGUCCCGGGGGCUAUUAAGCAGAAGAAUGUGGGAGCAGAAAGGAAGAAUCGUCGUGCACUAGGUGACAUAGGAAAUGUGGUUACCGUUCGUGGGGUCGAGGGGAAGCAGAUUCCUCAGGUUUCUCGUCCGGUUACAAGGAGUUUUUGUGCUCAGUUACUGGCUAAUGCACAGGCUGCAGCAGCUGAAAACAACAAGGCUGCAAAUGCCAAUGGAGCCAUUGUGGUGGAUGGAGCUCUGCCGGAAAAGAGAGCUGCCGUGCGGAAGCCAGCUCAGAAAAAAGCUGCAGCAACCACCAAACCUAAGCCAGAGGAGAUAAUUGAAAUUAGUCCCGAUAGUACAGAAGUUGCAGAGAAGGAUAAGCCUCUCAAGGAGAAGGCCGGAGAGAAGUCGUUGAAGAAGAAAGCUCCAACUCUUACUUCAACUCUCACUGCUAGAAGCAAGGCUGCGUCCGGGCUAAGCAAUAAACCAAAGGUGCAAAUAGUUGACAUAGAUGCUGCUGACGUGAAUAAUGACUUGGCUGUUGUUGAAUAUGUUGAUGAGAUCUACAAGUUCUACAAGUCAGUUGAGAAUGAGGGCCGUGUUCACGAUUAUAUGGAUUCACAACCUGAGAUAAAUGAGAAAAUGAGAGCAAUUCUGAUUGAUUGGUUGAUUCAAGUUCACCACAAAUUCGAGCUCAAUCCCGAGACCCUUUACCUCACGAUCAACAUCGUUGAUCGGUAUCUUGCAGCUAAGACUACAUCAAGAAGGGAGCUGCAGUUGGUGGGGUUGGGAGCAAUGCUUAUAGCUUCCAAGUAUGAAGAAAUUUGGGCCCCUGAGGUGAAUGAGUUAGUGUGCAUCUCAGACAGAACAUAUACUAACGAGCAGGUCUUGGCUAUGGAGAAGCGGAUAUUGGCCGCGUUGGAAUGGUACUUAACGGUCCCGACUCCAUACGUUUUCCUUGCCCGCUUCAUCAAAGCAUCUCAAACUGACUCUGAUGUGGAGAGCAUGGUAUAUUUUCUUGCUGAGCUUGGAAUGAUGAAUUAUGCCACACUUAUUUACUGUCCAUCAAUGAUUGCCGCCUCGGCAGUCUAUGCAGCUCGGUGCACGUUAAAUAAAGCCCCCAUCUGGAAUGAAACUCUUAAGUUGCACACUGGUUUCUCAGAACCACAGCUUAUGGAUUGCGCUAAGCUGCUGGUCAGCUUCCACUCCAUGGCAGCAGAUCAGAAGCUGAGAGGGAUUUACAGAAAAUACUCGAGUUCGGAGCGAGGGGCUGUCGCACUUCUACCACCAGCCAAGUCUCUUUUGGCUCUGCCUCAUUGAGCAACUAACAGCUAUAACAUAUAGGCAUUUGUCACACACAGGACUUGAUGUAAGCUAACAUCUAUUUUGUGGGACUUUUAAUCUUGAACGAUUCGAAGCUCUGUAUAAUUCUUUGUUCUUUUGAAGCUUCUCAGUUCUCAGGAAGUGAGAAAAUUUGUGAAACCUUAACAUCAUUGAUUACCUCGAACAGCUGUGAAAUCCCAGAUUAUAUUGCAUUAUUAUGAAAUAUAGAAGGUUUUCUUCUAUGCUGGACAAUGAAACAAGUCUGUAUCUGUCUGCACAGUGCUGAGUUAUUUAAUUGCAACAAGAUCGAACAACUCA